CCAUCAUCCUCUCCGGCUUCAGCAUCUGCACGCUGCUUCCUCUCCCUUUCUGACUACCUACCUCCUCCCAUUCACCCCUGUGAUGGCCACUUCCCCUCCCCCAGACGCGCAUACCGACGCAGACGACACACUCGCGAUCGAUCCUCCUUCCGCUGCCACCCUCACCUCCCUCACAACUCUUCUCGAUCUCCCCGAUGAGCUGCUUUUGCGAAUUGUAGCGCAACUUCCUCCUACGGCCUGGGAGCUGACGACGGUCUCGCGCGUGUGCAAGCGUCUGCACGCCAUUGCCCAAGAGCAAGUUCUGUGGGCGCGUUUGUUCUACGCAGCCGGCUUUCGGUUGGCCCCAGGAUAUGCCGGUCGCGCUGUUGCCACCACCACUCCCCCAGGCUCUUGGGAGGAUGGCGAGUUCGUAGCGGCGGCACCGGAGCGGCCCUCGCUUCUCAGCCCUGCCAAGUGGCUCGGAUACGUGUACGACCUGCUGUGGCCCACAGACCUCCCACAACCCGGUGCAGUCGAGGGCUUGCAAGAAGCUGUGCCCGUUCACUACCCGACGCUGUUCCGGUCUCGCUGUGCCAUCGCCGACGAAAUGAGGGCCCGCGGCCCACAUCACGUGUACUCCCUUCCGUCUGUCAACCCCGAGGACAACGGCGAAGGCGACGACGACGCGCCCUUCGCCCAGGCAGAGGACACGCUUGUCGCCCCGAACCACCGCUGGAUGCUUACUGAGCACUCCGCUAAAGUCUACACGGUGCGCGUGCACGGUCCAUGGGUCAUCUCGGGCAGUCGCGACCGGACCGUCAAGCUUUGGCGCCUGCCAGCCAUUCCUUGGGAUGCAGCGGAGACAUUGUACGGACCAUCCCUUGCUGGCUCGGCGGAGGGACACGAGGGGAGUGUCCUGUCCCUGGAUUUUGAGGUUGCCGACGCCACCUCUGACAAGGGAUUUAUGGUUACGGGCUCGAGCGACAUGACAGCCAAGGUGUGGGAGAUUGACUGGGGGAGUGGCGACGACGGCGAGGGGACGAGCGCACGCGUCGUGUGCGAGUUGCGGGGGGCGGCUGACCGUGUCGCCGCAGUCGCGUUCACGGACGAGUUUGUCAUCACGGGAUCCCACGAUCACCAACUGCGAAUUUACGACCGGAAAGCAGUGUACGCGAACAGUUACGUGUCUCCACUGCGUACCGUCGAAGUGGGGCCGAUUUGCGGAAUCUCUCUCAAUUCGCGCGGUCUGUCACGAGCAGUCGUCGCCACGACCGAGGGCCGCUGGGUGAUCGUCGAUCUCGGCACGGGCGAACGUCUUCUGCGGGGCGGCGAGGGUGACGAGGGUUAUGGAUGUGUCGUGUGGCAGGACGACUACAUUCUCGUCGGCGCCGAGGGCGGCAAAACAAUCCUGUUUUCAGGUCUUUACGCACACCGGAUGCGGACAUACCGCGGGCCGAAGAAGCGGCUCAUGCGCGCAGUUCACCUGGAUCUGCCCAACAACGUGCUACUGAGCGCGGGCCACGACGGUCACAUCCACUUCACCGAUCUCGACAGCUGGGACCACUAUCGCAGCUACGAGCUGGGCGGGGCGCCGGUGUUUGGGAUGGACGUCGAUGGCCUCAAUUUGGUGUUUGGAACGGGAGAUGGUGCUGUUGGGUUUGUGCGUUACGGAUUUGGUCUUCCGUAUUCGGGUAUGUUUGUAUGACAUUGGGCCAUGGCCCAGCGGCCAUCAGGUUCCUGCGACCUCCACUCCCCGACGGAACUUCACUCGCUGGUAUGUAUCCUUGUGAAGCAUAACUGUGACUGCGA